AUUAAUUAUGGUUUAAAAAAUGAGUAACUUAAUGGAAACCAAUAAUCUUUUACUCCUAGAAUCACAUUUUAUUGGAUUUGAUAUUGAUGAUGAAGUAUUGAUAACAAUUAAAAAUAAGAAAAAAUUAUUAAAAAUGGAACUUAGUAAAGAAACAUGUGAGCCUAUGGAAGUAGACGAGCCAACUGAAAGUCCAUAUAUUGUUCAUAAUAAUCAUAUUAAUAAAAAGAAAGAAUCUAAAUCAAGUAUAUCAACACUAGAACCUAAUGAUAUAAAGAAUAAUUGGAGUAAUAAGAGACAUAAGAAUGACAAUACACACAGUGAUACCUUGGAAUCUUUGAAAUUACAUGUUUCGCCUUCUUUAGGUGAGUGGCAGAAAUGUAUAAUACAUGUAUCAGAAAACAUAAAAUCUCUCAAUUCAUUCUCAUUUGAAAUUACUACUGCUACAUUCAACUUAACUUCUUCUAACAGUACAACGCGUCGUAGUACAGGCAGAAAAAUUAAGUCUGAUAUCAAUGAUGCUAUUUUUAAACUCCCAUUUGAGCAUGGAUGGAAACGAGAAUAUAUUGUUUACAAAAAAACUUUUCUUAAUCAGGAAAAUAGAAGUGGUGAUGUAUACUAUUAUUCUCCUAGUAAUCAAAAACUACGAACAUUACAAGAAAUUCAGGAACAAUUGAAUAUCUCAUCUGAUAAAACUUCUCUUACUAUAGACUGUUUUACUUUUUUAAAACAACCAAUUGGCGUGAAUGAUAGAUCAAAAGAACUGAUCAGAAAUACACAUUUAAAAUUAUUUAAGGAAAACACUUCUGUUGGUGAACUGUCAGAUGAUAAAAACAAAAAAUCUGCUGGUAAAAUGAAAGAUGUUUUUAAAACUACGAAGUCUUCCUCAAGAUCAAGAUCCAAAAAAGGGAAUUCAGAAUCAAUGAAUACAUCUUCAUCCACACCUGAAUACAUAUCUGAAAACUUCCAAGCUAUUCAAUCUAGUGUAUCGACAAAAGUUUCUCCUAAACUUGAGAACAUUGAUAUAAAUACCACAAUCAUGAAAAGACGGUUGCCAGCAUCAGAUAGGAAAAUCAUCAUGCAGACUCGUUGUGGUAUGCGGUGCUCUAAUAUUGAUGAACCUUGCUCUUUAAUGUGUACUCGUUGUCUGUUACACUAUCAUCCAGGAUGUGUCAACAUGCAUGAUCAUUUAAAAAUUGUUGGUUAUGUAUGUUUACACUGUCAAAUUAUAAUGAAACAAAGAGAUAUUCGUGUACAGUCAUCUCAUACUGUGGUUGUUGGUGCUACUGAAUCAGAAAAACUAUGUGUUGAACCGAUUCGUAUAAGACAAGUUUAUCAAACAUCAAGUACGCCAAUUUCUAAAAUUGAAGAACCACAUUAUAAAAUUGAUGAAAUUAGAGAUGGAAACGUAUCCAAAACUAAAAUGGUUGAUGGUAGUUUUCACAAACAGUAUGUUUAUGCAAUGAUACAAAAACGAGGACCUAGUUUAAUAACUUGUGUUAUUCAAGAGCCCAAAAAUUUGGAAGAGAAUUCUGAAAUGAAUGGUUCAUUUAAAGAAAUUUCAACUCCUUUUGCAUCCAUGCAAACAUUAAACUACAUGGUUAAAGCAUUGGGACACGUUUUUAAAUAUUUAAAUACACAUGAGCUUUUAUCCGCUUCUAGAGUAUGUACCACCUGGAAUAAAAUUGCAAUGAACAAGUCAUUAUGGCAAAAUUGUCGUUUAAAAAAUUCUAUGGUCUAUGACUGGGAAAGGUUUGUAGACUCUAUUAAUCAACAAAGAACUGAUAUGUUAGAUACAAGACAAAUGUUGAUACCUGUAAAAGUUGAUGAAAUAAAAAAAUUUUGGUUGCUUUUUUCCAAAGCAAUGAAAAGAGCACAGAAGUUAAAAUUUAUUGAAUUGUAUAGAUGUCCUACCCAUGUAGUUGAAGAUAUUAUUCACUCAUUACCUCAACUUGAAGUUCUCAAUGCAACUUCAAUAAAAAAUCCAAAUGUAACAAAAGAGGCAAAAAAUCCCCAUGUUUUUAUGGUCCUAAACUUAAAUGAUUUAGGCCAAAUGACAAAGCUCACUGAAUUAAGACUAAAAGGUUUGACUGGAAUUAAAUUAACAUCAUUACCAUCAUUUGAAAAUUUAAUAAAUUUAAAUAAAUUUUCAUUAACCUCUAUAAAUUCAUUUCCAAAAGACAUCUGUCAGAGUUUGGGUACUAUAACUGACAACAUAGAGUUUUUGGAAAUUGGUGAUUGCAAUUUCUUAUCAAAAGAUUUUGCUGUGUCACUAAAAAGAUUUGUCAAUUUGAAAUCGUUAAGAUUGGAAAAUUGUCACGGUAAAUGGGAAAGUUAUGCACAAGACGUUUUUACUGCUAUUAGGGGUCUUGAAAAGCUCACUAUUCUGGAAUUGGUUAACAUAGAAUUCAGUAAUUGUGUUGAAGAUGAAUUGGAAAAAUGUGUUGGUAUUAAAGCUUUACUGAUUAUUCCUGCUUACAUGAGCAAAUCUGCAACUACCAACUGCCACUUGAUUGAUUGCCUCGAGAAACUCUCCAAGACAUUAACACACUUGGUUUGGGGAUUGACUCUUGAAUUACUCCGUGUUACUGACUUAUAUAUAACUCAAUAUCAACAAAUCCAGCAUAGUAUUGGUAAUAAUUUAGAAUUAUCCCAUACCAAAGAAAAGACCAACUACAUACCUAUAUUAAGGACAAGAAAACCCAGACAGCGACCAGAAGAGCCUGCUCCCGAAAAGGACAAGAAUAAAGACAUAUCAGAUGACGUUCAUUUACUUUCAGUUCCUGUUCUAGAGAAAUUGUUAGAUACAAUGAUGCCAGAUGCUAAAACUAGGGUAAUUAAGGUUCCCUUUUCGAGAACAGUUAGAGUUUAUUUGAGUGAACAGUUUAAUUAUCUUUGAAUUAAAUGUUUAGUAUUCAUUUGUUUCUUUACAUUAAAACCCUUUCAUAUUAUAAUUCUAUUUUUGUGAACAUGACAAAUUUUUUAUU